UUCUAAAAAUCCAGAGCUCUGUUUUGGAGAAAACAGAAAAACACAAGAGAGACAGACAGACAUGCAGAGGGGAGGAGGUGAGACAACCGAGUGAAGAGCUAAUUCAAAGAUAGAAAUGUGACUGAAGCAAAGGAAGAGCACAGAGAAAACACAUCUCUUCACUCUGCAACACUUCAGCUGUUUAUCAUCUCUCCUGCUGUUAUGGACCGAUCAUCUGAGACAGUAUUCUGAGGGCCAAACAAGGGCACGAAAGGAGGAGGGAGAAAAACAGUAAAACUUGGCUGAAGUGAGGAAACAGCAAUUGUGUGGGUGAGCAGAGGCGAAGAGACAGAGACGAAAGGUGGGGGAGUGGUGGAGUGAGGCGCCCCAUUCCUUUACACAAAGUGAGAGGGGAAACUGGGGAAAAGAAGAAGAAGAAGAAGACAAGGAGUGAUCAAGAGAAGGGGAAGGAGGGAGAAGAGUCAGCCGGACAUGGGGCUUUAUGCUGUUCUCCUCAUCUGUCUCUCCCAGGCUGAGCUAGGCAGAGUCUGGGCUCAAGAGCAUGAAGAUGCAUGGAGUGGAACUGCUUUGGAAGAUCCGUCCAGUUUUCACAGAACCAGGAGAGACCAGCAGACCCCACACAAACACAGGGAAGCCCGCAGCUCACUGGCUGAAGGAGGAGGGGGUGUUGAUAUCAGUCCCCUGCCUGACAACAUGACUCGCAUAGUGGAGGACUCCCAGAGGUACUACAGAUGGCAGAGUUUUGGUCCAACAGACAGACAGACUGCAAACUUGUGGGUGGAUAUGGACAACCUGCACAAAAACCAAGUCAGAAUUCACGGCAUACUGUCCAACGCGCAUCGACAGGCAGCGAGAGUGGCACUCUCCUUUAAUUUCCCCUUCUAUGGGGACUCCUUGAGACAAAUUAUUAUAGCAACUGGAGGUUUCAUCUACAUGGGUGAAAUAACUCACAGAAUGCUAACCGCCACCCAGUAUGUCGCUCCCCUCAUGGCCAAUUUUGACCCUAGCUUUUCUAAAAAUUCAACAGUGAGGUACUUGGAUAAUGGUAAUUUAUUUGUCGUGCAGUGGGACAAAGUGCGGUUAAAGGACCGAGAGGCAGCGGGGCCUUUUACUUUCCAGGCAGCGCUCCACAAAAAUGGAACAAUUGUUUUCAACUACAAAGAUAUCCCAUUGCCAGUGGAGGAAAUAAAUUCUACUGAGCAUCCGCUGAAAGUUGGACUGUCUGACGCUUUCAUGGGAUACCUCCCUACAUCACAGCUGUCAGAAGCAAAGCGGCGUACUAUCUAUGAGUAUCAUCGUGUUGCCAUUGACACCACCAAGAUUGUGAGCGGAUCAGCUUUUGAGUUCACACCUCUGCCCACUUGUCUUCAACACACAUCCUGUGAUCUCUGCCUAACAUCCAACUUGACAAGCGACUGUGGCUGGUGCAACACACUUCAACGAUGUUCUGAUGGUAUAGACCGACAUAGACAAGAGUGGCUGGAUUACAACUGCCCUGAAGAGGCUAAAGGCAUGUGUGAGGACUACAACACAGUUCUACCUGAAGCAACUAUGAGCUCCUUUAAUCACUCCUCUCCAGGUCCAACCGUUUCAGUGCUUGAAGAACAGCCUGUUACUAGGGAUAUACAGACGAGCCCUCCAAACAACGGGAUGACAGAGAACACGGCCAUCAUCGCAGGCGUUGUGGCUGCUCUAGUUCUGCUUGUGGCUCUCACCUUACUGGCUGUUUACUACAUCAACACACAUCCCACAGUGGCUCCACCAUUCUACCUCAUGCAGCGACGCACCAAUAACUACUGGCCCUCUAUGAAGUUCCGCAAUCAGGGCUGUCACUCCAGUUAUGCUGAAGUCGAGCUCGGGGGCCAUGAAAAGGAAGGUUUCAUUGAAGCUGAGCACUGCUGCUAAGGGUCUAGGACUUGCAGGACUCAAUCAGUGGAAGAGAGGACACCAUCUUGAGGAAAACUGCGGUACUACAGGAGGAUGAAUAUGGACAUUCAGGCUGACCAUCAACACAAGAUGUCCUUACUCCAACCUUUGAGGCUGGACAGUGUUUACUGUAACUGCUCUUGUAGCUCUUGCCAGCUUUCUCUGUGUCUUUUGCUGUUUGCCAUCACACAGGGGAUUAGCCAUAUUAUCUAAGGGUUGGAGGGUUUGAGAGGAAGACGGCAGUACGUAAAUGAUGAGAUGCAAAUGUCCAAAAGCCAACGAUGCAAGGGCCUGUCAGGGAAUGAAUUAAACUAGCCUUCAUACUGCAAAUCAAUGUACCACUCAACUUUACUCUGUGUUUUUUGUUUUUAUCCAUUUUAUGGAGUCACUUUUGUUUCAUGAAACUUCUACGCGAGCAACGAUGAGUUCAUAAAAUGUUAUAUCUAUGUGGACUUCACUACGACAGAUAUUUAGCUUUAUAGCUGAUAGUUAUAGGGAGGUAUGUUGUUUGGAUGAAUUUUAGAGAUGUGAAAUUAUGAGGGUUUUCUUUGAACCUUUCUGUUUAAAUGUCUUCUAAUAAAAGCUGGUGACGAGUCUGGAUUUUGAUCUCAUGGUCAUAGUCUGGUGAGUGACUAACAAAUCUAUUUAGAUGGUUUUCAGUUUUUAUAACUAAAAUGGAAGGAAACAGCAUUAAAGAUACAAUUAGAGAAAUA